AGCAUUGAAUAGCCUUGCAGUUUCAAAGCCUGGCUGUUUCCUGCCUGGAGGAAUCCUUUGUUGGGAGGUGUUAGCCUGCCCUGAUUGUUUCCUGUCUUGAACUGCUGUUUUAGAGUGUUGUUCUUUAUUUACUGUCCUGAUUUUAGAGUGUAUUUUUUUAAUUCGGGUAACUAGAUUUUGUUGAUUUUAAUGGUUUCUUCCUUUCUAUUGUAAUUGUCCAGGUUCCGUUUCAACGCGAGGGGAAAUGGUCCUCAGUCACUAUAUUUUCCCCCCACCUUGGCUGCCAUGGCAACACCCUGUGGCAUCCUGGGAGUUGUAGUUCAGGGAGGCGGUGUGUAUCAUGCGCAGCCAAGCAGCUCUGUGGCCUCACUGAACUGCGAGCCCCAGACCGCCACAGGAUGACGUCACGGCCGUUUCACGGAACGUGGGAGAGGCGGGGAGAGCGCGUUCUGCCUCUAUUUUUCUUUUCGCAGGCGGCGCCUCUUCUCCCCGCUGAAGUCACGUCCGGUGGCUUUCUGUCACGUGACUCUCCGGGAAUCCGUGCAAGAUGGCGGCGCCCGUGUUGUCGCCGUUGGUGCCUGAAGAGGGAGCCGCCAAACUGAGCCACAAAAAAUACAGAGCACUUUUGAAGAAAGAGAAACGGAAGAAGAAAAGACAAACACUGGCAAAACUGAGAGAUGCAGGUGAAACAUUUGAGAAACCAAAUAAAAAUGAACACAUUUCUGAAGAAGAACUGGAUGAUGAAGAAAUACAACUUGAAGAAGAAAGGCAAAGACUUCAUGAAGAGUGGUUGCUGAGAGAGGAAAGAGCUCAAGAAGCUUUCAGGAUCAGGAAAGAAAAGGAAGAAGCUGCAAGAAAACGACAAGAAGAGGAAGAGCAAAAAAUAAAAGAAGAGUGGGAGGAACAGCAAAGGAAAGAACAAGAGGAAGAGGACCGGAAACAGCAAGUGAAGAAAGAAAGAGAGGAAGCUGUGCAGAAGAUGUUGGACCAAGCUGAAAGUCAGCUAGAAAAUGGAACUACGUGGCACAAUCCAGAACCCCCAGAGAAUAUUGGAACAGAGAAAGAUCGAGCCAAUUGCCCUUUCUACAUUAAAACUGGAGCUUGCAGAUUUGGAGACAGAUGUUCUCGGAAGCACAAUUACCCAACGUCUAGUCAAACACUCCUUAUUAGGGGCAUGUUUGUUACUUUUGGGAUGGAACAGUGUAAAAGAGAUGACUAUGAUACAGAUGCAAGCUUGGAAUACAGUGAGGAAGAAAUCUACCAGCAGUUUCUAGACUUCUAUGAAGAUGUACUUCCCGAAUUCAAAAAUGUAGGGAAAGUCGUCCAGUUCAAGGUCAGCUGCAACUUUGAGCCUCACCUUCGAGGAAAUGUGUAUGUUCAGUAUCAGUCAGAACAAGAAUGUCAGGAGGCUCUUACUUUAUUCAAUGGUCGAUGGUAUGCAGGUCGGCAACUUCAGUGUGAAUUCUGUCCAGUAACGAGAUGGAAAACAGCGAUUUGUGGCUUGUUUGAAAGACAGAAGUGUCCAAGAGGGAAGCACUGCAACUUCUUACAUGUAUUCAGAAAUCCAAACAAUGAAUUUUGGGAGGCCAACAGAGAUAUUCACAUAUCCCCUGAAUGGACUAAAGAAGGAAGUAAAAACUCUGAAAGAAGGAAUCGGUUGGGCUACUAUGAAGAACAUUAUAGCAGGUCAAGGAGAAGAGGCAGUCCAAGUCCAGAUCGUGCGUACAACAAAAGAAAUGGGGAAUCUGAGAAGAAAAAGAGCCACCACAAGCAUAAAAAAAGACACCUUUCCAAGAGGUCAGAAAGCCGUGGAAGGAAUAGGUCACAUACGAAAAAGAAAAGGGGACGAAGUCGCACCAGGAGCUUGACCCGUAGCCGAAGUUCCUCUCGAUCAAGGAGUCGAGGCAGGAAGAGAUCCAGCAGCAGAGGAAGAAAUAGUUGAGUGACUGUAAAAUGCUUGAGUUAAAAAUCCAACCAAAUUAUUACUUAUGGAGAUGUUGCAUACUAGAGACCCCAUCUUGUAUUGCUGUGCUUCAAAAAUAAACCUGACGUGCACUUCCCAAUCUUAUUUUUUGCAAUAAAUUAUUUUAAAACAA